AUGUCAGAUCGUGAGCGUGAUCGUAGUGCGAGCCGUCGCGGUAGUCGCAGCCCCAGUCAUGAGCGUCGCAGUGACCGUGAUCGGAGUGAUAGUAGACGUCGUGAACGAUCUCCUGACGAGAAUACUCGGUUGAGGCUCGAAAUGAGAACAAUGAUAGCUCGUCUUAGUGCGUUAGAAAAUAAGUCUAGGGCUACAUCUAUUCCAGCGCGUUCGAGUGAGCACAUGGCGGGUUCUAGUGUUCGUGAUGUGUUAGUGUCAGAAAAUGUGCACGAUAGAUCGCCAUCGCGGCGCCGGCAAACACGAUUGUUAGGGCGCAAUAUCUCGCGAUCGCCUGAUCGCACGGUUUCACGUAGUGUACGUCGUCCGUUGUCGCCGCGGUGUAGGUCAAGAUCCCCUAAUAAGUAUACGACAUCGCGGUCGCGUGACCACGUGUUGCCUACUCGAGAAGUUAGUCAACGCCGACGUUCUCGAUCCAGAUCGCCACGUCGUGGUAGCGAGGUGGAUGCGUCGAUGCAUUCUACCAUUACUGAUCGUAUUGUAGAUGUGAUUAAUUCUAUUAAUAACGCGGGGUUGUUGUGCUUUGUUUGUGUGCUCGGAUACUGUCUUGGAGUUGCUCAGACAUGUGGUCCUGGAGCUGUGUACACGCAGGGUCAUGCCACGAGUUGGCCUCUGACGAGUCGUGAUGCAGAGGACGAGGAGUCGACAGCUCCUAGCGUUACCCAGCCUUACAAUGUUGACGUUCCUAGUGACGCGAGUGAGCCGCAACCUAGUACGUCAGGGACGCAGAUACAUGGCGAAGAGCCUGCUGCGUCACCCACCUUCACGUCGAGCGAUGACAGCACAGAGCCUUCGAUGCCAAUGCUGGAGACUAAUCUCCAGAGU